AUGAAGUUAUCAGGCACCCUUCUGCUUAUGAUCAGUGUGGCCUAUUUGUUCAUCUUGGCAGAGGCUGUGAGCCAAGGGGGCUACCAGGCUUUUUGCAGCAAUUAUGAGAAAACAGCUACAAAUGGAAAACCUUGUCCCAAGAUUAACAAACCAGUAUGUGGCACUGAUGGACAAACUUACCACAACCUCUGUGAAUUCUGCAGAGCAGCUAAGGAAAGAAAUGGGAAGCUCAAUUUCAAACAUGAAGGAAAAUGUUGA